AUGACUCAGUGGUAUCAGCUACAGCAACUUGAUUCCAAGUUUUUGGAGCAAGUUCACCAGCUAUACGAUGACAGCUUUCCUAUGGAGAUCAGGCAGUACCUGGCACAGUGGCUGGAAAACCAGGAUUGGGAACAUGCAGCCAACAACGUAUCUUUUGCUACGGUGUUAUUCCAUGACCUGCUGUCACAGCUUGACGAUCAAUUUAGUAGAUUCUUGAUAGAAAACAACUUUUUGCUGCAACACAACAUAAGGAAAAGCAAACGUAAUCUUCAGGAUAACUUCCAAGAAGACCCAAUACACAUGGCAAUGAUCAUCUACAACUGUCUGAAAGAAGAGAGGAAAAUACUGCGCAGUGCCCAGUUGUCAAAUCAGAUGGAAGUGGGGGGCAUACAGAACACUGUGAUUGGGAUGCUGGACAAACAGAAGGAGCUUGAUGCGAAAGUUAAGGCUGUAAAAAACAGUGUUAUAGACGUGGAGCAAGACAUCAAGACAUUAGAGGAUAUGCAAGAUGAAUACGACUUUAAAUGUAAAACCUUGCAGAACAGAGAGCAUGAGUCCAAUGGUAUGUCACAGGAGGAAUACAAGAAAGAACAGAUGAAUCUCAAGAAGAUGUUUUUGUCACUUGACCUCAAGAGAAAGGAAGUGGUGAACAAGAUAGUACAGCUGCUGAACACCACAGAGCACACACAGAGCGCUCUUAUUAAUGAGGAGCUGGUGGAGUGGAAACACAGGCAACAGACUGCAUGCAUUGGUGGCCCACCCAACGCUUGUCUUGACCAGCUACAGAACUGGUUCACCAUUGUCGCUGAAAGUCUACAGCAAGUUCGUCAGCAGCUCAAAAAACUUGAGGAACUGGAACAGAAGUUUACCUAUGAUCCUGAUCCCAUCACAAAAAAUAAACAAGUUCUGCAGGACCGAACAUACAGUCUUUUCAGACAACUCAUCCAGAGCUCCUUUGUGGUAGAGAGGCAGCCUUGCAUGCCAACACAUCCUCAGAGGCCGUUAGUCCUGAAGACAGGAGUCCAGUUUACAGUAAAGCUGAGAUUGCUGGUGAAAUUGCAGGAGUUGAACUACAACUUGAAAGUGAAAGUUUUAUUUGAUAAAGAUGUAAGUGAGAAGAACUCAGUCAAAGGGUUCAGGAAGUUUAAUAUUUUGGGAACAAACACAAAAGUAAUGAACAUGGAAGAAUCUACUAAUGGAAGUCUAGCAGCAGAAUUCAGGCACUUGCAACUGAAAGAACAGAAAAAUGCAGGAAACAGAACAAAUGAGGGUCCUCUCAUUGUAACAGAAGAACUUCACUCUCUGAGUUUUGAGACACAGCUGUGCCAGCCUGGCUUGGUAGUAGACCUAGAGACCACAUCCCUUCCCAUUGUUGUGAUCUCAAACGUGAGCCAGCUUCCAAGUGGAUGGGCUUCUAUCUUAUGGUUCAACAUGCUGUCUACUGAUCCCAAGAACUUGUCCUUCUUUCUGAAUCCACCUUAUGCAAAGUGGUCUAAACUUUCUGAAGUUCUGAGUUGGCAGUUUUCUUCUGUAACAAAGAGAGGACUUAAUGCAGAUCAACUGAGCAUGCUGGGAGAGAAGCUACUUGGGCCAACAGGUGGAGGAUCUCAUGAUGGCCUUAUUCCUUGGACAAGAUUCUGCAAGGAAAAUAUAAAUGAUAAGAAUUUCCCCUUUUGGCUAUGGAUUGAGGGAAUCCUGGAGCUUAUUAAGAAACACCUCCUGUGUCUCUGGAAUGAUGGGUAAGACCUGAAUGAAGUUAACAAAGAUGUGGUUAUUGCCUCAGACCUCUCAUUUAGACUAGCAGUUCCAUCCUCAGGUUGUGAAGUUGUUUCUACAGGUACCUUGGAUCCAAUAAAGUGGAACUUGCAACCAGAAAAAUCUGAGGCAAAUGAAUCCUAA